GCCCCAGUGCUUCAGUUUGUUUACGGAUAAGUUACAAGACGGAGAGGAAUUUGGAGGAACAGAGCUGCUCUGGUACCUCCAACAUUACCAUUAGUAACAGCAGCAGCAGCAGCAGAGAUAAAACUGCCAGCUACCAUAUCAUCAGCAGGCAGACUCUUUUACUAUUACUUCAACUUGAAAAUAAAAUAAGUGCCCAGGGAAUCAUCUGAAACUUCAUCACCCAUACACAAAAAUGAUGGAUCCACACAACGAAACUGAAAAGGAAAACAAAAACAACAAUGACGAGGACAAUGAACAACAGCCACAACCAGUCGAUUUUCCACUGGGUGCCGUACUGCUCGACCUGGAAGAGCGCGACCUCCCUAGCAUCGCCGCUAGGGUGGUCGAUAAGAUGAUCGCCUGUGAUCAGAUCCCGCCGGACCAACGCGAAGCCGUAGUAAGCAUCCUUCUCCUCAGGCACAGACACAUCCGCGAUAGCCAUUCGUCACUCAGGCGAUCGUCCCGUGGAUCCAAAAGUGCCCGUGGAAGCUACGAUGACAAGUUGGCGACAACACCCGUAUCCCUGAGUUUAGACGGAGGCAGCAGCCUCAGGGCUUCGGUGCGGAAAGCUGGGUUGUCCAAGCUCUUCCACGUCAACGCCUUCGCUGGAUUCCGGCGUCAGAACGCCGAGGACAACAUCCCCUUGAACGGGAAUGUCACGAAGGAAGAAUCCCAAGACAAGAAAGGCGUGAACAGAGUAGAAAGUUACACACAGAUCGAUAUUGAGGACUUGUCUCCGAAAGAGAGGGAAGCGAGAGAAAGUGCGCGAAGGAAGAUCCCCGAAGGAGCCGAAGCCACAGCCGUUCUCGUAGGCGCCGUCGAUUUCCUGAAGCAGCCUACCAUCGCCUUCGUCAGGCUUGCAGAGGGCGUCAUGAUGGAUAACCUAGUUGAGGUUCCCAUUCCAGUAAGGUUCAUGUUUGUGUUGCUUGGGCCCUUCCAUGGCGAAAUGGACUACCAUGAGGUAGGGCGAUCCAUCUCCACUCUCAUGACAGACAAGGGCUUUCAAGAAGUGGCCUACCGUGCUCAAUCCCGUGGUCAGUUACUUUCCGCCAUCAAUGAAUUCCUCAACGCUUCCAUCGUUCUUCCACCUUCUGACUGGAACAACAAAGAUCUUGUUCCAGUCGAUGACACCAGAGCCAAGGCCAAUCAGAUUAUGCAUAAGAACGAAAGCAUGCGAGCACGCAAACAAUCAGCGCAAGGAGCAGCAGUGACCCCAGUAUCAUCAGGAAAUCAAGCUGGUGGCGACAGAAAACCUCCUCCACGUGAUCCGCUCAUUCGCCAUGGCAAGCUAUUCUAUGGGAUGAUUCAGGAUAUCAAAAUCCGUUAUCCGAAAUACCUAAGUGAUAUUAAGGAUGGCAUCAGCAGUCAGGUUUUAGCAACAGCCUUUUUCAUCUUCUUUGCUUGUCUGUCUCCGGCCAUCACCUUUGGUGGCAUGUAUGGUGAUCAGAUGGAUAAUUUAAUUGGUGUUGGAGAGACACUACUCUUGACCUGCAUCAACGGAGUAAUCUUUGCUGUGUUUUCUUGCCAACCGCUGAUUAUCAUUGGAGCAACAGGCCCAAUUAUGGUCUUUGACUUCAGUCUUUACAAGUUUUGUCAGUCGAAUGAUAUAGAUUUCUUGUCUAUAAGAGUCUGGAUUGGUCUCUGGAUGACUGUUGUUACAAUAAUCAUCGCUGCCUUUGAAGGUGUAGUUAUUGUGAAAAAAUUCACCAGAUUUACAGAAGAGAUUUUCGCAUCCCUCGUGUGCCUUAUUUUCAUUUACGAGGCCAUUGCUAAACUUGUUGCUAUUUUUAUAGCGCAUCCCCUGCAGGCAACUUAUGAAGUAAAGGAUUCCAGCAAUAGCUCAAUAGUCAGUGGCAUUAUUGAGAAUGGAACCCUUUUUAAUGGAACUGAUGAAGAUGGCACUGAAAUUGAAGAUGCUGUUGUGUCCCUCACAGCCCAGCCCAACACCGCGCUCCUUUCAUUUAUUCUCACGAUGGGAACCUUCAUUAUUGCCAUCAAGCUGAAAAACUUCCGUAACUCGAAAUUCCUUGGCAGAAGUGUCAGAAGAGCGCUUGGUGACUUUGGUGUGCCAAUCUCCAUUGUCUUGAUGGUUUCUUUGGAUGUCCUGAUUAAGGACACUUACACUGAUAAGCUCACCAUGCCCGCAGGACUCUCGCCGUCCAAUCCUGAGGUCCGAGAUUGGCUAAUCAACCCGUUUGGGGCUUUUGAGCCCCUUCCAGUGUGGUGCAUGAUUGCUGCAGCACCUGUAUCUAUUUUGCUGUUGAUUCUCGUCUUCUUGGAAGGAAAUAUCUGCCAUCUCAUCUUGAGCAAGCCUGAGAAGAAUAUGGUGAAGGGAACAGGCUUCCAUUUCGAUUUGGUUCUUUGUGGUGUUAUGAAUUUCGCUUCCGGCAUCUUAGGUGCUCCAUUCAUGGGGCCUGGAUGUGUACGAACAAUCUCUCAUGUAGCUUCUCUUACUAUCAUGAGCACUAAUCAACCUGCUGGUGAAUCCCCAAAAAUUCAGGGGGUACAUGAACAAAGAGUCAGCGGCUUCACUGUGGCCCUUUUGGUUGGAAUGGGGGUAUUCCUAACAGCUGUUCUUAACUUGGUGCCCAAAGCUGUAUUGUUGGGUGUUUUCUUAUACAUGGGAAUAUCAGCCGCUGCUGCUAUUCAGUUCGUUCAACGAACAGUACUAUUCCUAAUGCCUGUCAAACAUCAUCCCAACGUCGCAUAUGUUAAGAAGGUCCGUACAUGGAAGAUGCACGCUUUCACUGGAUGCCAACUUCUCUUUUUGGGCGUAUUGUGGGGUGUUAAGGAGUCACCUGCAUCCCUUAUCUUCCCAUUUUUGCUGCUGCUUCUCAUUCCCCUUAGGUUAUUCAUUUUCCCCUUAGUUUUCACUGCCACAGAGCUCAAUGCUCUCGAUGGUGAAGAGGCUAAUGCUGCCAUGAAUGAUGAUGGAGAGCCUGACUUCUAUGAGGAGGUUCAUGGCUUACCAACUCACAAUCAUGUCCACCAAAGUUGAGAAGUUCAAAAGCACCUUUUUUUUUCUUAGUAUAGAUCUAUUGUGCAGCUGUUACACAGCUCACACAUACAUUCCUCAAGUCUUCCAGCUAUUAUGUGACUGACAGAUGAUAUUUAGUUGUUUUUUAAUUUUACUUUAGGAACUGUUGUAGUGGAUGCAAAGGGACUGAUCUAGGAUUUUGUAUAUGCCUUAAUUUCUACAUUAUGCAAGUCUUCCAAUAGUUUGUAUUUUAUAGCAAAUAAAGGCUCUAGUCAUGUAAA